CAAUGGUCUGAAUUUUGCAUCUAAUAUGCAGUACCUUGGUAGUAAGACCAAAGAUCUCAAAUAAACUGAGUGACAACAGGUGAAAUAACUUAUUUUGGUUCAAAAUAAACUACACCUUUCUGAGCAAACUAAAACUGGCAGGUGAGAAAUAUAGACAAUUAACAUUAAGGCACGGAGCUGAUUAACUGACGUGUGUCCAUUUCUCCAGAUAUUUCAUACAAUAUCUUGUUUAUUUAUUUAUUUAAAGCUGUUUGUGAAAUAUGUAUGUAUUCAUAAUUAUUAAUACUAAGCCCACUUAACUCAGGGAACCUGACAAGCAGUUUAUUUUUCUUUAACCAGCACAACAGGUAGUCCAGGGAUUUCAUUUAUGACAGUCUGUGAGCAAAGGUUUACCUGAAUGAACUCAUGGACCCACUGCUCUUUAGAAAUGACAAACAUAAGACAGUGUCAGAGACUAAGGAUUUGAUUGAUUUACCAGCUGAUGACCUGAGAACCUCUGACUGAGAAGCUGAGAGCUGGAGGGAAAUGGAAUCGAGUGAGGCCAGUGUUCAGUACGACCGCUGGAAUGAAGACAACAUAAACAUGCAAGAGCCGCAUUCACAGUCCAGACUGAUUGGUCUCUAUAACAGACUGUGCACUGGUCAACUGGGCAUUGUGAUGAAAGUGGGAGCAUCUUUGACCAUGAUGGUAGUUAUAUACACUGUUGGAUACAUCACAGGAUACUACGUUCACCGAUGCUGACAAGGACACUAUUUGAAGGAACUGGCUGUUAUUUGAAACAUUAUGGACAUCAAAGAAACACCUUGUUUUUUUGCUGUUUAUUAUAGUACCAAAAUGAAUAAAAUAUCACAUUUCAAAAUAUCAAAAAGCAGACCAGAUUUUAUUUUAUAUUUUCCAGAAGUGCAUUAGCGAUUACAACACAUACUGUAGCCCAUAUUUGCUGUCAUAACAAAACAAUUAUGAUGAACAUUAUCAUGAACUAUCAAGGAACAGCACUUUUAUAGCAGCUUUUAUUAAUCUUUGUACGGACAUACGGUUCAAAUGUUUAGGGCAGUAACAAAAGUGACAGUAA